AGGACGAAGAACCGGAGGCAGAAUUCUGGAGCAUCCUCGGAGGAAAACCUUCCAAAAUUCAGGUACUUUUGAUCAAAUUGUGAUGUACUGUACAUAAAUAUAAUUGUCACUUCGCGAUGUCUUGUGUGAGAAUGUGCAUGCAUACCCCAGGGUCAAUAAUUUUAGUUUAUGCGUGUAGGGGGUGAUGGGAAGUAAGGUAUCAUGUUGCUGAUUAUGCUGAUAAAAUAAAAAUGGUGGCCGUGUAAACACAGAGUGAUAGCUGAUACUUGUAAAUAUUUCGGCAGUUUUUAUUGAAAAUUUUCAACAUAAUUAGCAAUACGAUACUUUACUUCCCAUCAUGCCCUGCGCGCAUAAAUUAAAAGCUGGAAUUGCCUACUUUGUUCAGUUUAGUGUACUACUGUAAUUAUUAAAUAAUAUGCAUCAAAAUAUACAGGGUGUAUCAAAAUAAACGCAAUUCAUCUUUUGUGCUUAAUAACUUUCGAAAUACUAUUUCUAGUUAAACACUUUUAGGCUUACUUCAAAGCCUGUUCUUUUCUCUUUCAAACAAACUAUUAUCCUUGUCUCCAAUGCUAGUAAUAAUUGCACAGGAAAAGAUUUAGUAAAACCUAUCAUUUUAGUUGCUGUUUAAUUAUGCAAGUUUACUAUGUUAUUGUUUAGUCGGUUUAAAUGUUAGAAUUUUCUUCUUUAAACUUUAAUGUUGUCGUCACUACAUCUGGAAAGCCACGUAAGAACAAAUUAAAAGUAUUUUAAAAGAGACCAGGUUGUUUGAAAAUCCUAAACGAAUGCUAAAAUCGUCAAAACAUUCUGGUGUCUGAGCCAGAGUGUCAUCGAAUUGCGAUGUAAUGUAAACAGAAAUUAUAGCAAGUUGAUGUCAGUCAGCUUAGAUGGUCCAAGCCAAAAUUAUAUCGCAUUUGAAGUUUCAAACUGAGUUAAAAAUAGCGGAAGAAAAGCCGUAAUUAUACUUAUUGUUACAAUCCAUUUAAUAAAAUGCAACAUUUUUUUGUUUUAAUGAAAAAAUCAGUUAUUUUCAUGAGAACUAUUUGUUAUUCCAUCUCAAUUUUUUUAAUCUCCAAUCGCAAUAACGUAAAGUAUUAUUACCCGCGAACCAAUGAGUCAAAUUUAAGAAACAACCCAUUGUUAGAAGGCUGAAUGGCUACGCUUUAAAAUGAAUGUAAACUUUAACGUUUUCGUCUAUUAUUUGUUUAGCAAUUUACAUUUCAGUCGAGGAUUGCGCUUUUUUUGAUACACCCUGUAGUUUGGUUUAUUCAUAGCUUAUCGAAGGGAAGACCGCUGUGCAAUUCAUUAGAAUAACAAUAUAAUUCAUUAUCUAUGUCAGUCAACGUUUAUUCAUAAAUCUGGUCCGUCACUGUCACGUCUGUAUUGUAUUUUUGCCCAACUAACCAAUAGCAAUGUUUUAGGAAAGUCACCUAUCCGUGACUCGAACAAUAGGGAAACUGGAAAUUGCUAUUGGUGGAUUUGGUAAAAAGACAAUACACACGUGACGGUGAAACGACCAGAUUUAUGAAUAAACGUUGACUAACAUAGAUAAUGAGUUAUAUUGUUAUUAGUCUAACGAGUUUCACAGCCAUCUUCCUUUCGAUAGGCUGUGGUUUAUUCUUGUAUAGUACAAUUUUUUAUCAAUAAUUGUCUAGGAAGUUGAAUCUUACCAAGAUUUCAAGACUGCACAACCUAUUAUCUACAAAGUUGGCCUGGGGAUGGGAUACCUGGAAUUACCUCAAGGUACACUAUUGUGCUAUUCUUAUGCAUACAUGGCUUUCUAAAACCGACCGUUGUUUCAUCUUUGAAACUUCAUUUGUGUUAUCAACCCUAGCGUUUGGCUUCGAUUGAUAACACGAUCUUAAGACGAUAGAGACGAUAUCAUAAAUGUCACAACUGAGCGCAGCGAACUAGGGAGCAUUGAUGAUAUCGUUCUGAAAGCGAUAGACCUGAUAUCGCCUUGUCCCCUAUAUGAUAAUCUAUUUAUUAUAUACUUGUGCCUUUAUCUAGGUCAGAAUUUAUUAGACUACUAUAAUUAUUACCCCAAUGCAAUAAUUAUUAAAAUUUAAAACAGUAGGACAAAAAAAGCGAUAUGAGUAACAAAAGACAAUUAUUAGGUGACAUUUUUUUUGCUAUAUACUCUGUUAUCGUCUUGAUAAAGGCAUGCAUAUUAUAUGUGAUAAUUUUUCAUGUCAUAUAUACGAAAACCGAAUUCAAUAAUUGUUAAAUUAUAAUAUAUCCCUCUAAUUUCAGGCAACACUUGCCCAUAGUCAACAUUUCUAAAGUUGAACUGUAAUGAUUCUUACAAGUAGUACUGAAAUUUAAUUUUGUUUACAUUUUCAGUGGAACCACAUGGUAAACCAUUACUUCAGUCAAUGUUAGAUAGCAAAGGAGUUUAUAUUAUCGAUUGUCAUACAGAGAUCUUUACCUGGUGAGUGUGGCAAAUUUCCUUCGUAACGGUUAAACAGUAGGCUAUGUUUUCUGUCUCGUUAAGCGAGCCAGCCCGGCUUCCAUAUAAACAGCCCCUAAAGGCCAUUUUCCAUUGCAGUCGCUUUGCCCGCGCGGGCGGAGCGACCAAUUUUAGUCGUGUGAAAAGUCAGUCGCCCGGGCACGCCAAGAAAGUUGAACGUAGUUCUACUUUCAUGGCGUGUCCGCGAGCAUUCAGGUGGACAAAAAAAUGCACAGGUUAAGCCCUGUUUAAACGGAUCCAACAUUGUUGGGCCAACAUCAUCCAACAUUGUUGAAAUAAUGGCUCAAACGGCUUCUUUUUCAAAUAUUUUGUCAAGACUAGGUUUAGGGUUUGAGUAAAGCUUAUCUAACCAAAAAGAUUUGAAAGAGAAGCAGUCAUAUCUAGUAUAGUAACAUUGUUGGAUGAUGUUGGUCCAACAAUGUUGGAUCCGUUUAAACAGGCCUUUAGGCAAUUACAGAGAAGGUUGAGUAAUGUUCGCUCCGCCCGCGCGGGCAAAACGACUGCAAUGGAAAAUUGCCUUAACACCGCCUUUUAACAUUGAAAAUCUGCUUUUCUAAUUCUAUCCUCUAGGUUGGGUCGUAAAUCACCUCGUUUGGUGAGAGCAGCCGCGCUGAAACUCGCUCAAGAAAUGAAAACCAUGAUAUCGAGACCUGAAGAAGCGAUCGUUAGCAGAAACUUGGAAAAGUAAGAAUUUGCUCUGCUGUUUGUAUGCAAAUGAAGUCACUAACAGUGGAACUAAACCUCUUCUGUUUUAAAUGUUGGUCGAAAUAAAUUCAAAUCAAAUAAUAAUGUUUUAAUAAUUCAGGACAGAAAGUUGGAUCUUUAAGUCCAAGUUUCAUGGUUGGAAUGAUGUUCUACAAGUAGACUUUACAAGGACUGCUGAAACUGUAGCUAAUAGAAGAAAACUACCCAUUGCUAAGGUAUUGUAUAUCUUUAUAAGUGCAAACACCGAAAUAUUUUAGAAUUUUUUCUUCAAAAAUCCUUUACAAAAUUGCAUUCCAAAAAUAAUGUAAUUUCUUUAAUUGUCUCAUUCAGACCAAAAGCAACACUGAAAUAGAACUUCCCGAGCAAAUUGCAAAGGUGAGUUUUAUCGGUUCUAAAUUGUUUAUCCUAGAGAUCCAGUGUUCCAGUAUUACUACAGGAGGAAACCUAAACUGAACUAACUUUAUUUAUACUGGAUAGUUCUAUCAAUUCUAAACUGUUCUUCCUAGAAGUCCAGUAAGGAUCAUCUCUUGCUGAUCCAGUGUUACUACAGGAGGAAACCUAAACUAAACUAUAACUUUAUUAACCAGUUCUAAACUGUUCUUCCGAAUCUAGUAAGGAUUAUUUCUUAUUGAUCCAGUGUUACUACAGGAGGAAACCUAAACUAUAACUUUAUUUAUCAGUUCUAAACUGUUCUUCCGAAUCUAGUAAGGAUUUUGCAUCUUCAUUCAGGUUGAUUUGACAGCUUUGUUCACCCAACGUCAAGCUCCUAUGCCAGACUCUGAAGUGGUAAGAAAUAGAUUGUCAAUUGAUAAUCCUUUUAGUAUAAUCUCCAUAGUUACCUCGUUCUUUUAUUAUCAAGGAACAACUUAUUGAAGAAUGGAACGAAGAUCUGGAUGGAAUGGAAUGCUUCGUCCUUGAAGGAAGAAAGUUCACCAGGCUGCCUGAAGAUGAAAUCGGUAAUGCAGCGUUUGUAAUACAAUAACUGUAAUGGAGUAAAAGAUGGUUUUAAAGGACCAAAAGUAGUUUAGAAAGAACUGUUAGCGCUAUUGUAUUUAAAUAAAGUGGUUGUACUUAUGACAUGAAUUUGAUAUUAUGUCGAUGUUUAUAUUUCCAGGACAUUUCUACAGUGGAACGUGCUAUGUAUUUCUGUGUCGAUAUUUUGUUCCUGUGGAAGUGUCAGAUGAAGAAGAUGAGGAAGGCUCUCAUGAAGAGCAGGAAGAAGAUUUUCAAUGUGUCGUUUACUUUUGGGAGGUAAAGAAAAGUCCGGAUCAAACGAGGAUGAGAGUUGAGAACGAGAGUUUGCACGAGAGUUUUCUCAACUCUCAUGCUCCGGUCAAACGAGAACAAGAGUUGCAUGAGAGUUGAUGAGAGUUGAUGAGAGUUGAGAAGCGAGAGUUUGUAUAAGAGUUUUCUCAACUUUCAUACCCUGGGGCAAACGAGAACAAGAGUUGCAUGAGAGUUGAUGAGAGUUGAUGAGAGUUGAGAAGCGAGAGUUUGUAUAAGAGUUUUCUCAACUUUCAUCCCCUGGGUCAAACGAGAACAAGAGUUGCAUGAGAGUUGAUGAGAGUUGAUGAGAGUUGAGAAGCGAGAGUUUGCAUUAGAAUUUUCUCAACUCUCAUGCCCCGGUCAAACGAGAACAAGAGUUGCAUGAGAGUUGAUGAGAGUUGAUGAGAGUUGAGAAGCGAGAGUUUGUAUAAAAGUUUUCUCAACUUUCAUACCCUGGGUCAAACGAGAGUAAGAGUUGAAUGAGAGUUGAUGAGAGUUGGCUGGAUAUUGCCGGUCAGACGAGCAAAAAAUCUCAUCAAAUCUUAUCAAAAUUUCAACCAGCUUAAAGUUGAUGAGAGUAACGCAUAUGCACGUGUAUAUAAAAUACUUACCUUGUUGUUUUAGGGUCGUGAUGCAGGCAACAUGGGUUGGCUUACCUUCACGUUUAGGUAGGCGUUUCAGGCGUGAAUGCGGUGACCUUAAUAUUCACGUUUACGGCAAAACGCCAACUGUAAACGUCAAAUUCCAAAUCGAUUUUGAGCACAAGUUCCACACAAUUUCUACAACUAAGUAACUAAUGUAUGCUUUAAUUUUGUUCUGCAAACUUCUUAGCGACGUCUCGCAAUGCUAUUCAAAGUUUGCCGUUAGCAGUUUGACGUAUAAAACGUGAACCUUACGGUCUCGAAUAUUAGCCCUUGAACUUGAAAAGGGGUCGACAUGUGCCCACAUUUCAGAAAAGUCGCUAACUAAAUUUGAGGUGAAUUUUUGGUACUGCCUGAAAACGGUUGGGCUCUGGCAGGUUAAGUUGCCCUUCCUAACGCGGCGGCCUAGUCAACACGAUUUUGUUUCUGCUUUGUGUAGUCUUCAAAAGAAGUUUGAAGCUUUAUUUGGAGAAAAGCUUGAAGUUGUUCGAACUCCUCAGGUUGCUAUAAAUUCUUAUUAUUCUGGUUUAUUAGUUCUUAUUGUAAUAUAGGGGCCAGUAAUAUAAUGUUCAAUGCUGGACUAGCGCUAACCCUGGGUUAUAAUAUAACCUGCUUGAUUUGUGUAUUUCUGUUGGGAAGAAUUUGUCGUUAACGCAGGAUUAAACCAACCGGUUUUCAAACAACAGGCCCCAGUAUGAUAUAAAAUAAGCUUGCAGUAUGAUCAGUUAACAGCCUACGAUGAUUGCAUUUAAUAAUGUAAACCAGGGAUAGAUCCAGAUCUGGUAGGGGUGAUGCGCCAUGCUCAUGAUUUGAGGUACGACCGUUGGCGUUGACUAAGUGCAUAAUCACUAGAGUAGUGAUUGGUAGUAGCUUAGUGGACAGCAGUGUUUUGGGAAAUUGGAGACACAUUGCCCCUGACAGCGUCCAAAGGCCAAGCUGAGUUACGGAUUGUGAGAUAAGGAAAUGGCACCCCCGUUCCGCCCUGCUUUGCUAAGGCCAGGAGAGUUUCACACCACCGCAACUCCCCCUGAUGUAAUUUGUGUUAAUUUCUUUUCAGCAAAGAGAAGCCCCACGAUUCUUGGCUCACUUUAAAGGCCGCUUUAUUAUACACAAGGUAAACAGCGUGUAUUGAAGCAGUAUUCAGUGGGUAUCAGUUCACUUGUCGACAAUCACUAUUCGUUUCUAACGUCUUGGUUGUGAUGAAAAUAGUGUCUUAGAAUAGUGCUAGAUUAAAUUAUUAUUUGUUUAGGGCAAACGACAUCCUAAAAUACCCGAGGAAGAGAAACCCAAACCAGAAUUGUUUCACAUCAGAGCCAAUGGAGGAAACCUUUAUAAAAGAGCAAUUCAGGUAAGUCCCAGAUCCAGAUCCGUGUAAAUCUUAUCAACUGGACUAACUUUGGAGUGUUACUACAGGAGGAAACCUAAACUAACUUUAUUUAUACUGGAUAGCUUUAUCAGUUCUAAACUGUUCUUCCUAGAGGUCCAGUAAGGAUCAUCUCUUAUUGAUCUAGUGUUACCAUAGGAGGAAAGCUUAACUAAGCUAAUUUUAUUUAUUCUGGAUAGCUUAUCAGUUCUAAACUGUUCUCCCUAGAGGUCCAGCAAGGAUCAUUUCUUAUUGAUCCAGUGUUUACUACAGGCGGAAACCUAAACUAAACUAACUGUAUUUAUACUGGAUAGCUUUAUCAGUUCUAAACUGUUCUUCCUAGAGGUCCAGUAAGGAUCAUCUCUUAUUGAUCCAGUGAGGAUCAUCUCUUAUUGAUCCAGGAGGAAACCUAAAUUAAUAGAUUUAUUUAUACUAGAUUAAAAUAGGUUUAUCAGUUCUAAACUGUUCUCCCCAGAGAUCCACUAAAGGUCAUCUCUUAUUGAUCCAGUGUUACUAACACGGGGAUACACAUAUCACUGUCAAAAUCAUGGCUUAAUAAAAAAAAUUGUCUUUGAAUAUAGAUUCCGGCUGAUCCGAAACUAUUGAACGCCGAGUUCAGGUAUGUAGCUAGUAUUUUCUUUAUAUCUCCUGUACAUUUAUAUAUUACAUUUUUUCAGGGUAUUAAAGUAGCCUAUGUACAAAAUUAAUAUAUUUUGGUUGAAAAUUCGGGAUUAAUAUUUGGUUGAAAAUUCUCUAUUUGAAAGGGUUCUUGAUAUGAUGAUCACUUUAGGAAAUGGACAGUUGGAUUCACCCUGCUUUUUUGUGUACUUUUUAGUUAUAUCCUCAAAGUUCCAUUUGAUAACGACAGUGGUGGUAUUGUGUAUGUCUGGAAUGGAGGGUAGGUCAAGGCCACCGGUUGGUUGUUCAAAGCUGGAUUAGCGCUAACCCUCGGCUAAAGUUUAAUUUGCUGUUUUCGUUCAUGAAUUUCUGCACGUCUGUUAAUUUCAAAACUUCAGAGAAGAAAUCUGAUCCAGACAAUAUUUCUGAAGAAAUAUUUCAAAUUUAUAACCAAACUAUUAGGAAGUUUGCUUUGAAUUGUAAGUUAACCUUGGGUAAACCUAAUCGACAUUCGAACAACCGACCCCAGGUCUACACAAUACGAUUAGUCGAAUACAUUUGUCAUCCUGGCGUAUGAAAAUUACCGCUGGUGGCACAAUUCCUCUACAUUUAUUCACGUGUGUUUAUUCGAUUACAUGCGCCAGAAUGAGAAUCGUUACUACUAGAAAUUGUAAGAAACUGGUUAUAAUGAAAUAAAAAGGCAGUAAUACAUUGUAGUGACAUUUUACAACCUCAGAUCAGGUUAUUUUUAUCGCACUCUCUUGCUAUUACGGCCACCAAAUGAGCGUGGCCCGCGUGUCCGCUAUAGCUAGGGUUGAGUGUUUACUGCACAGCACCAGUGAUCAAUCUUUUUUUAAUUUCAGUAAGGUGAGCGACGAUGAUGCAAGUCAAGCGACGGACAUUGGACAAGAAAUAUGGAGCGUAAGUUAGGAAUCAUUGUGUGUGUUGGGUGGGUGCGGAGGGGCGGACCAUUAGAAAAGUGAUGGAGAGGGGGAAUUUUCGACAUGCACUUCCACCCCACCUCCCAUCACUUUUUUAUAAUGGUCCGCCCCUAUGUUCGAUAAAGAUCUGGUGCCUCGCUGCUUCCCGGGUAGGGAGGAGGUGGGGGUUCGGGCCUUUCCAAUGACUAGUGCAUACUGAAUACCGUAGCUCUAAUGAAUUUUUUCCAGGACGUUUCUUCGAUACAAACAAUACGUGAAGGUGGUGAACCUGAGAACUUCUUCUGGGUUGCAUUGGGAGGAAAAACCGAGUACGAUCAAGUAAGUAUCUUGAAAAACUAGUGCCUUCUUGGUUAGAAAUGGCUCGGCGGAGAACUUAAAUUGAACAUACGAGUUAUUUCAUCAUUUUAGGCAGCAGAUUAUAUGCGGACCUGUCGUCUUUUCCGUUGUUCCAACGAGCAAGGAUACUUCAAAGUCUCAGAAAAGUGUUCCGAUUUCUGUCAGGUGAUGCCAGUUUUAACUACCACUAGUCCUAUAUAGAUGUUUCGAAUUUGUUUACCACGCGGUUUAGAACUUCUCAAUUUCCACAUGUAUACUUAAAUUAUUCCUGACUGUUGUAUUUUAUUCAGGAUGACUUGGCCGAUGAUGACUGCAUGAUUCUGGACAGUGGGGAUGAGGUAGGCCUAAUGAAUGUUUUUAGUGAAAUAUUUAUUUCCUCCUUGUUUACAUUUUUGCAACUUUGCAAAAUUUCAAAAUUACCCGCACACGGGCCAAAUAUUGCAAAUUAGAGAAGUACUUGACGUCUUUUGUUACAGGUCUUUUUAUGGUUUGGAAACCAAGCGAGUCAUGUCGAGAAAAAAUUAACCUUCAAAAGUGCUCAGGUAGUUAUAUUACCUAUAUGUAUCCAUCUUUAUUACGCACACCCCCCUCCCCCUUCCCAGGACAUGGUGCACCCCUAAUGGUAUUACUCUCUAUUUUUAUCUGUUAAGGUCUAUAUUCAAUAUCUAUACGAACACAAAGUUGGCAAUCCUCGCAAACUAAGAUUUACCCAGAAAGGAGAGGAACCACACGAGUUUACACGCUGCUUUCAUGGAUGGAGUGAUUUCCAUAUUCCUCAUGCUUAGCCUUCGAUACAGAAGAGCAAGUAUUACUAAGGAUAAUGACAACAGAUUGGGCCAAUAAUGGUAUACGAAGGUUUUGCCUAGACUACAUAUCCGUGCAUGGCUAUGGCAAGAAGAUGGCGUAAGUAGAACGUUGAGUGUGUGUAACACAUUGAGUGAAAUUUGAGUGUAUAUAAAAUAAUACAAAUAUUAGUAUCCCAAGGAAAAGACAGUGUAAGUGAAGAGAUUUGUAAAGGCCUGUUAUGACACUCAUUUCGUUAUAUUUAUUUAAUUUAUAUAUAAUUUGUGAAAAGUUAUUUAGUUUGAACUUUAUAUAGACAAUUUUUGACAACAGCUUUUCACCGAUAUAUAUUGCAUUUAUUGAUACGUUUCGACUGCAUGUCCUUCGUCAGUCUAUAUAAUAUCUUAGGCUUCGUGCGAUUUUCUUCUGAUUCAUGUGAACGAGCAACCUCGUACCCAGGCUAUUUUCUCUCAUACUCGGUGCCACGGCAAGACCCUGGGUACGAGGAUGGUGAACGAGUGUAGAGCGUUUGCACAUGACGUCACAGCCGCCAUGUUGGUGUUCCAAUUCAAAAGAAUUUUAAUUAGACUCUUUUGUCAGGAACCGACAUGGCUUUUGUUGAGUUGGUACCUGGGGAACGAGUGCAAAUGCUCUAUAGAUGAGUUGUGUUCGAAGUAUAUGUGCCGUCGUGACCUCAUCUGAAUAUUUAUAACUCAGCCACUCGUUCACAUACAUCAGAAGAAGAAAUUCGCAUCUAAUUGCAAGUGUAAACAGGCCUAAGGAUGAGACUGCUGCCCGGUCAAGCCUAAGAUUGCAUGCUCAGGCGAAUGUUGGCGCGGUUAAAAAUCUAAAAAAGUUUGGUUCGGGAUGGAAAAUUAUCUUAUUUUACUACAGCAUUAGCGGGAAAUGCAACAGGAAUAUAGAUUUAUGUAGGAUAAUAUGAUAUGACCGCAAUUAUGACAAAUAAAAUUAACUCAAGAAUUGUAUAUUGAAAUUGUAAGUUUAUUUUUACAAUCAGAGAAUUACAUUAGAUGUAUUUCACAGAAAUCACAUUUGAAUCAUUGCACUAAAAUUUGAUAAAUUACACAUCUACACUUUUUUCCAACAAGCAUUUUAUAAAACACGAUUAAUCAUCAGCGAAUGUACAAUAUCAAAUGUUAUAUGGUUACAUAAAAAAGUUAGACUUCGCUGCCCCCCUAUAUCAGGCCCAGCCAGGGCAUUGCCAGAAUACCAAUAUACUCGAUAAUAUAUACUGGCUCAAUAUACCAGUGUACCUAAAAUUCCAGGAAUACGUUAGUCUGCCUGGGUACUUGAUCUUGGGUAAAUGUAGGAUACUUUAUACCCAUAUUUCAAUCUAUUUUAACAAUAAAAUACUGUAUAUACCAAAAGUAAAAUGGUCUAAAUACCGAUAUACUUGAAAUCCCUGGCCUGCCAUAUCAUGGAAGUAUAUUUAUUUAUGAUUUACGAUAUAUAGGUUAAAUUCUAAUUUCUUAUAUAUAUAACUGCAUAUACUGUACAAAAAUCUAAAGCACGACGCAAAAUGCAUUGCACCAGUAAUUAUAGAAACCUCAUCAAAUAUUACUGUAUCAUACAACUUUUGACUUCAUUUGCACUCCAGAGUUCGUCUUUUUACUCUGUCCUCAUUAUACAGUCUUUCACUUCAACUCAACUUGAAUUUGGGGCAUGAAAGCGAUUUCUUACUGUCAUUCCAUAAUGUCCUAUAGGCGUCAAUCACACAUACCAUAACGUCCGAUUAAAACCUUGUGCUGUG